AUGUCUGACUCCCGGGUGCCCGGCCUCCGACCCACCUUGCUGCUGGGCCUGCUGGCUGGCCUCCAACAGGCUGCAGCCCACUGUGGUCUCCUUGUAUGCCCUGAAGGACUCACAUGCUGCGGUGACUCCUGCUGCCAAGAGCAGGACAUCUUCUCCGGCCCACUGAGGGCCUUCAUCAUCGCCUUCCUGGUCACCCUCCCCUUCCUGUGCAUCUGUGGCUUGAUCAGGCGCUUCUGUCGCAACUGCGGAAAGCCAGAGCUGGACAUCCCAAUGGAUCGAGUGGGACCCCCACUGAGGCCUUCCAAUGGCUUCUCACCCAUGUCUGCCUCUCUGGAUACCCCAGAGAGGGUCGGGGUAUCCAUCCCUGAGGCUCCGCCCCCGUACGAUGAGGUUAUCCUGAAGCCUGCCCUGCUCCCCACAGAGCCGCCCCCUCCUUACAGCAUCAGGCCUGAAGAACAUUCUGGAGCUCGCAUGGGCAUAGACAACCCAGCCUUCUGA